UGAGCUAGCGGGGCGGCUCGCUACCGAGGUUAGACGGGAAUCGGGAGUAUUGCAUUUUGUCCAGCGGUUUACGAGUCAAGUACGUAUCGACAAGACUAUAUGCUACUCUCUGCGAUGGCUGCUAGUAUUAAGUACAGGUAGGGCUUUGUUUCUAUCAAGACCUGGAUCAGUUUAAUUUUCCUUAGUUUAUUUUGAAACUGCAGCAAAAUUAUUGCCAAUCACUUCAAGACAAAACGAAAACUGGUAUUUCACAGGGUUCGGCACCUGCAAAUCAAAACAAAGAAUGGAUUAGCCCGCCUAGAGAACAUGUGCUUCUAGCAAAACAAUCAAUAGAAAUAGAAACAAAAGUCUGGAUAGCGAUUGACAGAAUAUCAAACAUUGGACCAAGAACGGUGCAGCAAGAAAAUCUUCAAACACAAAACGAAGUAAGCUUAUUUGAGUCUUUCAGGUGAUUUUUUUGAUGUGUGCUGUGAAAGAAAUUUGAAGGACUGAAAGAUAGACGACGGGAAGUACGCCUGGCCAAGGCUAAAAAGCAGUUACAACGUUUUGCGGUCUUUCCUACUAGAGAAUAUCCGUACACAACCACUUAACUCGAUGAAGAGGACUCCACCUAAGAGAAAAUCAAUUUAUUGUGAGUCAUUUCUCGAAGAGCGAAAUGAUUGGAGCGCGAUGGCUGUAUUGUGGUAAUUAGCGGCGCGUGCCACGUGAAUGAAUGAAUGAAAAGUGACGGUAUGAAAGAACUGCGUUACUUCCUUCUCAACUAAAAACGAUACGACUGACCAAAACAGUCCGGAGCAGCCACAAUAAGACGAUAAACUUGCUAAAGUUGGCCAUGCCCCGUGCAAUGAACACGUACAUGCUAUUGGUCAUCACACUGUCAUACAUCACAAACCAAGCCAAUGGGAAAGAGGAUAAGAAUCUACUGAUGAAGGGAGACAUUCUCCUUGGCGGUCUCGUUCCAGUCCACUCAAAAAACGUGGAUCUACAGUGCGGCGAGCUGCAAGAGAGGCUUGGAAUCCAGCGUUUGGAAGCACUCCUCUAUGCUCUCGAUAAGAUCAACGCCGCGAAUUCCACCCUCCUGAAUGGCAUCACUUUAGGGCUCCAGCUUUACGAUACAUGUUCCAGCGAGACGAUGGCUCUAGACAAGUCUCUGAACUUCAUAUACAGUCAGUUAAAGAGCGAGUCAACGUCUUCUCGAGUGGUGGGCAUUAUCGGUGCCGCGUACAGCAGCGUCUCUAUCCAGAUCGCGCGCCUUUCGCGCCUCUUCGAGAUCCCACAGAUAAGCUAUGACUCUACAAGCUUCGAGUUGAGCGACAAAAAGAGGUUCGGGUUCUUCUCCAGAACCGUGCCACAUGAUAAUUUCCAGGCAAAAGCAUUAGUGGACGUGCUGAAGUACUUUAACUGGACUUACGUAUCGGUGGUGUAUAGCGACGAUUCCUAUGGAAUUCUGGGUGUGGACGCACUACGGAGCGCAGCGACACGCGCGGGAAUCUGCAUGGCUUCUAGUCACAAGGUCCGCUCUUCGUGUCACGAGUCUACCUACCUCCUCGUGGUGGACAGCAUUCUGAGCGAGCCCCUCGCUAGGACCGUCAUAGUGUUUGCACAAGUGCAUCAAAUUCGCGGCCUUCUGCACGCUGUCCAAGUGCGAAAUGCCGCCGACCAGCUCCAGUUCGUAGGCUCAGAUGCCUGGGGUAAUGUGGUGUGGUUGAAGGACCUUCAGUCUGUCGCCUUGAAUACAAUAACCGUGUCUCCGAAAAGCGUUCGCUUAAAAGGUUUUGAGGAGUAUUUUACAAGCUUAAGCCCCAUUAAUAAUUCUCGGAAUCCGUGGUUCCAAGAAUACUGGGAACAUCACUUUAACUGCUCACUGAAUGAGACUCUUGGAAAGUACCCCACUAAAUGCAAUGACUCACUGAAGCUGUCGCUAGGCAACAGUGACAUUGACAUGCGCAUUGCAAGCGCAAUAGAUGCAGUCUAUGCGUUUGCGCAUGCAUUGGAAGCGAUGCAUGCUGACUUGUGCCGGUACACCGUGGGCGUAUGUCCCGCUAUGGAAAACAUUUCGGGAUCAGAAUUACUAGGCUACAUUCGUAAUGCGUCUUUCGUAGGUGCGACUGGCGAGAAGGUCCAUUUUGAUGCAAAUGGCGACGUGGAAGGUAUCUACGAUGUUAUGCGAUUCGAAAAAUCAAGCGGAACGUACCGUAAUGUUAUUAUAGGUACAUGGAAAGAUAAACUACGGAUGCGAAAUGAACAUAAGUUUGAGAUCGUGAAGUCGUCUUGCUCGGAUGAGUGUAGUAGUGACGAGGUCAUGUUGCCUGUGAGAGGCAAAGAGGCUUGCUGCUGGAGCUGUGAGCCGUGCAAAGGCAACAGCUAUGUGAUCAACAGGACCACCUGUCUGACCUGCCCUUUGGGAUCUUGGCCUAAUCAUUCGGCAGACCGUAAGCAAUGUCUGCAAAUUGAGUUGCAGUACUUUGGGAAAAACCUGAUGUAUGCUGUGCCAGCCAUGGGGUUCGCCGGCACCGGGAUAUUUAUUACCAUCUUUGUGGUCUAUCUCCUCGCUAAACACGACAAGACGCCGAUUGUGAAGGCUUGUGGUCGCGAGCUGGCUUACCUGCUCCUGGUCAGUAUACUGCUAUGUUUCUCAGACACCUUUAUCGUAGUACUUCGUCCCACGCGGAUCAUUUGCAUCGCGCGAUUCUUCCUCAGCAGUCUCGGCUUCACGAUAAGCUACGCCGCGAUCUUUAUCAAGACAAACCGUAUCUCUAGAAUUUUCAACCGCCGGAACGUCGCCAAAAGGCCGAUCCUUGUUUUGCCGUCGUCCCAGCUGGUAUUAGUAUUGGGCGUGGUCUGCGUACAGGCACUCUUUCUUGUGCUCCUCACCCUCCUGCGCACCCCUACCGCACGACACUUCUACCCAACCGUCGAUACCGUCUACUUGAGUUGCUCCACUUCCGAUCUCGACUUUGGCCUUUCACAGGUCUACAACUUCAUCCUGAUUAUCAUGUGCACCGUGUAUGCCUUUAAAACGCGAAAGAUACCAAGCAAUUUUAACGAGGCGAAGCUGAUUGCCUUCGCCAUGUACUCUUCGUGUGUAAUCUGGCUCGCGUUUCUUGCCGUGUACUUCAUGCAAAGGUCUUUAGUGGAGCGACCUUUGAUCCUAAGCAUCAGCAUCUCUCUGAUCGCGUACGUGUUGCUAGGCAGUCUAUACGGACCUAAGGUCUACAUCCUGAUAUUCAGACCGCACAGGAACGUCCGCAGGCCGCAUCACGGAAGCUUGAGCGUAUCAAGCCUCAACCAAUCGAAUCCUAAGUGUUCCAAGUGUGCGGGGUAUGUCGGGAUGAAUCUAAGCGCUGAUCGUCAGAUAAGCGAUGACGCAUACGCGAGUGAUAGCAACAGAUUAUCGCUAAUUGAGGCAGCACGACCGCAAUCGUACGCUGAUAGUCAUGAUGACAAGCAGCAGAUAAGCUAUAAACAAGAUUUGGAGAAACACCUGGUUCACAUCAAGAAGGAGCUCCAGGCCACCAAGCACGCACUCAAAGUCGCCAAUGAUAAACUGCGUCGCAAGGACCUUCCACCCUGCGAGGAAAAGCAACCGUUGAACAGAGACAGGAGAGUGGACAACGACGACGUCCACCGAAUCAAUGCCGUAACAAGACACGACAUAAUCGAUGCAAACAACAGAACACUGGCAUGCCACGAUAACCCAACAGCGGGAGAGAAUAAAACUCAACCUGCCAACAAACAGCCUCAGACAGAAACACACAACACUGGCCCUGCUUUGGUUACUGACUACCUCGAUAGAGAAUUUCAUAACACCGCCUUCAACAUCCCCAAGACUCGCCGAGCGGUAAGCACACAGGGCAUUAUUACUUUGGGAGAGCAAGAAUGCCAAUUCUGUCAUCUACGCAAGUCCUACGAGAACAGCGACCAUCACCAAUCGCAGGGGCGGGACAAAAGACCCAGAAAACGAGCAAUGGACUCGGGUUUUGUCGAGUUCAAUAAUGGCUUGCUCUGCGAACACUGUGGAGGGGCCUGCGGGGACGGAAGCAGGCAGGUCCCUAAAGGGACAUUAUCGCUAUGGAGGCGUAGCCGCUCACUGUCUGACCUGGAGAACAAGCUUAAUAGCGUGCUUUACCUGGCAAAGCACGCGCGCAAGAAAGGCAGCUCAACUAACAGCGUGGACAAAGGAUCAGUGGAGAAUCACAAGCAUAGCUAUGCGGCGAUGCCAGAACUGGACGAGACUUUGGUUAGGAACACGGAAAUAUGAUAGAGAUGUUAUGAGGCUUACAGUACCGCUCUCGAACAUGUGGACAUAUGUCCGCGAAAUUGUUCGCGAAAUUCGCGAACAGACCGGGACAAACUUACUGAUACUCACUUAAAAUACAUGCAGGAGUUCUGCAAGCGAUUCAAAUAAAUUGUUCGUGUAAAAGUCAGCUGAGAGCUAUGGUUAUAGUUAAAAUCAGAAACAACAAAUUCAGUUAUAGUCUGAUAUGCCUCGAGUUCAAUUAUUUGUAGACGAUCAAAACAAGACACUUUCAAGUUUAAGAAAUAAAGACGAUAAAGAUGGCGGAUGAAAGCCAAAGCA